UCCAAUUGGGAAGUGUAUUCUCGAUUCGUAUUAGCCAUCAACGGAAUUUAAAUAAGCCAAGAUGCGGAAAUACCAGCAGCUGGUGCUGCUCGUCAUCUCCUGCCUCAGCGUGGGCAUACUGCUGAUGUACAGGACCGAGAACAGCCGCCUUAAGUCCGUUCUCAAGUACGUGAACUUCUUCGGGCGCAACGAUGCCGCAGUUCUCCGGCGCCUGGAGAACGGAACCAAGGAGGAUGGACCCGAGGCGGUCCUGUGGCGCCCGCUUCCCGUUUGGCAGAUGAUCGGCGACUCCUUCCACGCCUACUCCGCCUACUGGAUGCGCAACGAACUGGUGGCCGGCGGCGAGGCCCACGUCCUGGUCGUCGGCAAGAAGGGAGCUGUGGUGGAUUUCCGCUGCACCCUGGACCUCUUGGGCGGACGCAGUGUGCAGGGAAAGUUUCGCUUCCAGCGGGACUCCAUCGAGAGUUUGGUGGACGACAAGUCCUCCAACUUCACCAGCUAUCACUUCUUCUGCCAGGUGAGCCGGGAUUUCGGUCAGCCCGGCAGCGUCUCCUUCACGGACAUCACAACCACCAAGAGUCCGGUGAGGCUGCGCCUGCGCAACUUGAAGCCAGUCGGCAAGACGGUUUCCUCUCGCCUGCCAGCCACCAUCUGCGUGGAUCUGGUGGGCUUUAAUGCGACCUCCAAGUUCGCUCGCAACGAGAACGCCCUGCUGCAGUUCUUCCUGUUCCAUCAGGCCAUUGGUAUCGAGCAUUUCCUGGUCUACAACUACGACGAGCUGCCCGAGGAGGUGAUCCACCUGCUGGACCGGACCAACAUUAAACUCUACGGUCUGCCAUUCAACUUUCCAUUUCCGAAAGGCAACGGCACGAUUGCGAGAAUCCAUCAAUUAUUACUGACGGACUGCAUGCUGCGCAAUGUGAACCACGCCAGCUUCACCCUGCUACUCCGUCCCAAUGAGCUGUUCUUCCCCAACUCGCGAUUCUCUGUGGACCAGGCGAAGGGUUCACUGCAGCAGCAGCUGCGACACUUCUCCUCGGAGACCACUCGCUUUGAACUGGCCACCAUGUCCGUGUGCUACGACGAACGAAAGAAACUGCUGCCCGACAACGUUCAGUACGAUCCGGAGCGAAGAGCGGCGUACAAAUCGCUGCUCAAUCGCUUGGAGCUUCCACCCGCCCAACUCUUGGCCAGCACGGCCGAGGUGGAGCUCUCAUUGUCAUCGGGAUUCGUGCAUCGCUACGUGGACUGCGACCACGUGGGCAGCGAUGGCCUGCACGACUGGCGCAACGCAGUGCGCGAGGAUUUCAUGGAGCACAUCAACGUGCUGCGUAACGAGGUGGACCUACUCAUCUGAAAACAUAAGUUUUCU